GAAUCGACAAGCCUCUCUCUUCUCUCUCUCUCCCUCAAUAUUCUGACUAUGGAGAUGAACGGCGAUCAACCGCCGCUGAUCUGGCCGCAGUUCGAAUCUACUGGAUACACUCGCCGACGAUCUCAAAUUCCGACGAUUAUAGUUCCAGCGAUGAUCGGAGUGAUUUCAGCAGCUAUGUUUCUUCUGUUUACGACCUUUGUCGUCCCUCCGUUCCUCUCGGUCACAACCCAGAUUCUUCAGCCAGCUACGGUGAAGAGAGGAUGGGACUCGAUCAACGUGGUUUUAGUAGUUUUCGCGAUUCUCUGCGGCGUACUCGCCAGACGAAACGACGACGGAUCUUCUCCGUCUUCACAUGGCCAAGAAGAAGAAGUAGCAGCUGUCGCAAGCGGCGAAGUGAUCGCCGGUGAAGAGACUACAAUCUCUUCCUCGCCGGCGGUUUCGCACGAGUGGUUUGAUGACGUGUAUGACGCUGAUAGGCUAAAGAUCUACGAGAGCUUUAGUAGCCGGAGUUUCUCGCAUAGUUUACCGGUUACCGGAACCGUACCGUUGAGGCGUAGCAGUACGUCGUAUCCUGACCUGAGAAACGGAGUUCUCAGAAGAAGUGAUGACCGACCGUUCCGGUUCUACGAUGAUUUCGAAAUCGACAAGUACCGAUCGCAUUCAACGGUGGUGAUUGACGAACAACCUCAGAGUCGCUUUAAAACUGAAAUACAAGAAUCUGAGCCUAAGGAGAUUCAUGUUGAUAAGUUCGUGGUAAGACCGUCUUCUCCGCCGCAACAACCACCGGAACCACCACCUAAUCCUCCACCUCCGGCUGAAGUUGUGCAGAAACCGAGAAGGACUCAUCGUUCCGUCAGAAACAGAGAUACGCACGAAAAGCCAAGACGCAGUGACACUACUUCUGAUUCAAGAUUUAAACGAACGUUACGGCCUCCGCCGUCACCACCUCCGCCUCCACCUCCUCCACCGCCUCCGCUUGUAACCGCCACGCCACCGAGGACUCUUCAGCGGAGAAAAAGCAAUGCGGCGAAAGAGAUUAAAAUGGUGUUUGCUUCACUGUAUAACCAAGGAAAGAGGAAGAAGAAGCUUCAGAAACAUAAGAGAAAAGAAGGAACUGAAUCUCCGGUGGUGGUGGAGGCGGAACCACCGCAAUACCGAUCGUCAAUUCCGCCACCGUCUCCGCCUCCACCUCCACCACCUCCUCCGCCACGAUCGUCACAGUCAGUGUUUUACGGAUUGUUCAAGAAGGGAGUUAAGAGCAAAAAGAUUCACUCCAUCCCGGCGCCGCCGCCACCUCCGCCGCCGAGGAUGACAAAGUUGGCUCCUCAGACACCACCGCGGAGAGUGAAAUCCGGUAGACCUCCGCGUCCGACGAAACCGACAAGUUUCAACGAAGAGAGCUACCAAGGAUCUCCGUUAAUCCAAACCACGCCACCUCCACCUCCGCCGCCUCCUUUCCGCGUUCCGCCGCUAAAAUUCGUGGUGAGUGGUGAUUUCGCGAAGAUACGGAGCAAUCAGAGCUCAAGAUGUAGCUCCCCUGAGCGAGAAGUGAUUGAUGUUGGCUGGGGUCUAGAACUCACACAAUCUGAGGGCGGAGAGGAAAACAACGCCGCCGUAAAUAGUGGUGGUGCCGCCGGGACGGGGUUCUGUCCAAGCCCGGACGUUAACACGAAAGCCGACAACUUCAUCGCCAGGCUAAGAGACGAGUGGAGGCUUGAUAAGAUGAACUCUGUGUCUGUCAAGGGGAAAAGGAACAUGAGCUCUGUGUAAGGACCAUAAUGAAACGACGUGGUUUUCUCUUCUUCAGAGUUUGCCUGCCCUGCAAGCAACGCACAAGUACACGAUCAUUCAACAAAACAUCUUCAAGCAAAGUAAAUGGUUAAAGAGAUAUGGCAAUGGCAGAGACAAUCAUCACUCGGGUAAUGUUAGUUUUACCGGUAAAGUAUAUAGCCUACAACCGGGUGGUAUUUUUGAGUUUAACCGAUGGUGGGCCUUUUGUAACGGUGUGUUUGAUUUUAAAUGUCGGUUUGGAGUUUCCGAUAAAAAAUUAGAGAUAACUUGGUGGUGUAAGAAAUGUUUGGUAGUUGUUAUGAUGUAUGUAUGUCCCAGUGAUUUGGAUAUAUAGUUGUGGGCUCUUAGUAUUUUUGGGCCUGCCUCUUGUGACUUUUUCCCCGUUUACAUUGAAAAGGCGUUUUUGAGUAUUGCUUUAA